UAUGUAAGUAUAUCAACAAAAAUGGAUUCCAACGACUUCACUUAUUGGGGUAAACAAAUGAUUGAUUUUAUAUCAAAUUAUUUACAAACUAUACGUCAAUAUCCUGUUUUACCAAAUGUGGAACCUGGUUAUUUAAAACAUUUAAUACCUAAUCAACCACCUGAACAAUCAGAUACAUGGAUGAAUAUAUUUGACGAUGUGAAAAAGUUUAUUUUACCCGGUCUGACUCACUGGCAACAUCCUCAAUUUCAUGCUUAUUUUCCGGCAGCGAAUUCAGUACCAUCAAUCAUGGCUGAUAUGUUAUCUACGGCACUAGGUUGUAAUGGAUUUUCAUGGGUUGCAAGCCCUGCAAUUACAGAAUUGGAAAUCUUGAUGUGUGACUGGAUUGGAAAGCUUUUAAAUCUACCUGAUACAUUUUUGCAUAGUAGCGGAAUCGGUGGAGGUGUAAUACAAUCGUCGGCAAGUGAUUGUAUAUUUGUAUCAAUGUUAGCUGCUCGUCAUCAAGCAAUUGAGCGUUAUAAACAUCUUUUAAAAAUGAUCAGUGAUUUAGACCCUGAAAUAAUAGUUCUCUCCAAACUUGUGGCAUAUGCAUCCACGUUAGCUCAUUCAGCUGUAGAAAAGGCUAGUGUGCUUGGUUUUGUAAAGUUACGACGUUUACCGGUCGAUGAAAACUUUAGUGUUCGGGGUGAAACUUUACAACGUGCUAUUAAAGAAGACAAGUCUAUGGGACUUAUUCCAUUCUAUAUGUGUGCAACACUCGGAACAACAUCAUGUUGUUCAUUUGACCAUUUAAAAUCUAUUGGACAAGUAUGUCGUGAAAACGAUAUCUGGUUACAUGUGGACGCUGCAUAUGCUGGGAAUGCUUUUAUAUGUCCGGAGUUCAGACACUACUUAGAUGGAAUUGAGGAUGUUUGGUCCAUCAACAUCAAUCCAAACAAGUGGAUGCUAGUCAGUCAUGAUUGCAGUCUUAUGUGGGUACGUGAUUCGAAAGCCCUCACUAAGAGCAUGAUUGUCAAUCCGUCAUAUUUGCAACAUAAACAUAACAUGAGAGAAAGUUACAACACGAUUACCAUAGACUUCUGUCCUGAGCCACGUCUGAUAACGUUUCAAUUCACUGGGUUGCAUUAUCUCUCAGACACCAACUGGGAAGUCCAUUGGGGAAUUCCUUUAAGUCGAAGAUUUAGAGCGCUUAAAUUAUGGUUUGUAGUUCGAAUAUAUGGAGCAACAGGUUUGAGGAAUUAUAUUAGAUCACAUGUACAACUUGCAAAAUAUUUUGUGAAUAAGGUGAAAACAAAUAACGCUUAUGAAAUUGUUGGUAAUCCAGUUAUGGGACUUGUAUGUUUCAGAUUAAAGGGAUCCAAUGAAUUGACUCGAUGUUUAGUCCAUCUUAUUAAUAAGAGCCGGGAAAUACAUAUUGUACCCUCGAUGGCCAGAGAUAUCUACUUUAUUCGAUUUUCUAUAAAUUAUGAAAAGGCCUGUAUCGAAGAUAUUGAUUAUUCGUGGUCGGUGAUUGAAACAUCCCGAAAAAUACUAACCACUCAACAUUUCUAUAAACAACAUCUAUCUAUUAUGAACAUGAAGCGAAAUUCAUACAUUCCAAUAAAAGCUGCAUCAUUUAGCGAUGAUCAUACAUCCUCAAACUCCGCCGAACUUCAACGUAGACAUGGAUCUACAUCUGCAGAGGAGUCAGUCAAAGUUGAGUGGUGAAAUUUUCCAAUAAACAAAUGAGUUUCACUGGAAACAUGGAAGAAUCCUACACUUGAAAAAUGACGUAGGGACUAAUUCUAAUAAUAGUUCUAAUUCUAAUAAUAAUAAUAAUAAUAAUAAUAAUAAUAGAAAGGUCAACUGACUGUUGACAAAAUGAUGUUAGUAAUAGUACAGAAAUAUCUAUACUAUAAUAAUAACAACAGUAAUAUUGUUGUAUGAACUUUGUUGGACAUGAAAGCAAAGUUGAUAAACUUUUUCAUUUUAAAGACUUAUUUGUUCACCAAGUUAUCACAGGUUAAUAAUCAUUCUAAGCAUGAACUUCCUAUUCUUUGUUGUUACACAUAAAACUUUUCAUUCAAGAUUAAUUGAGUUCAAAUGAAUACUAAUAGUGAACUUAACAACCUCACAAACUUAUUUCAUGUUGAUAUUCAGUUUAUCUUUUAUUCUUAAUCCAUGGUGUAGAGCAUAAAAUUUGAAAACAUUUUUGAUCCGUUGGCUAUAUUUAUUUGUCAUCAUUUGAAUAAGAUGAAUAAUAUACUGUUAUGAGAAACUUUUUA